UUUGUGAAUAUAGGAAACAGAAAAAAUGGGUUCUGAUGGUGACAAGAAAAAGAAAUUCAUCAUCGCCGGUAGUGUCUCGGGUUUCCUAGUCAUCAUGGUUGUCUCUGUAGCCGUUGUAACGUCUAAACACUCUCCCAAAGCCGAUGAAAAUCAUAUCAAGAAAACCUCCAAAGCGGUUCAAGCAGUUUGUGCACCCACUGACUUUAAAGACACUUGUGUUAACAGCUUAAUGGGUGCUUCUCCCAAUUCCGCUGAGCCUCUCGAUCUCAUCAAACUCGGCUUCAACGUCACUAUCAAAUCCAUCAACGAAAGCCUCAAAAAGGCCUCCGGAGAUGUCAAAGCCAAGGCUGACAAAAACCCAGAAGCAAAGGAUGCUUUCGAGCUGUGUGAGAAGCUAAUGAUUGAUGCUAUUGAUGACUUGAAGAAGUGUAUGGAUCAUGGAUUCUCGGUUGAUCGGAUUGAGGUCUUUGUUGAGGAUCUACGGGUUUGGCUAAGUGGCUCCAUCGCAUUCCAGCAAACAUGUAUGGAUUCCUUUGGGGAAAUUAAGUCCAAUCUUAUGCAAGACAUGCUCAAGAUCUUCCAAACAUCAAGAGAGCUUAGUAGCAAUAGCCUUGCCAUGGUUACUAGCAUCUCCACUCUUCUCCCAAACUCCAACAUUACAGGACUAACCGGAGCUUUAGCAAACUACGCGAGAAAGCUUCUGUCUACAGAAGAUGGUAUCCCAAAUUGGGUUGGACCAGAGGCACGACGGCUCAUGGCGGCACAAGGAGGAGGACCUGGACCUGUGAAGGCUAAUGCCGUGGUAGCUCAAGACGGAAGUGGCCAGUUCAAGACUAUCACCGAUGCUCUAAAUGCUGUGCCUAAAGGCAACACAGUGCCAUUCGUCAUUCACAUCAAAGAAGGUAUCUACAAGGAGAAAGUUAUGGUCACCAAGAAAAUGCCUUACGUCACUUUCAUCGGCGAUGGACCAAACAAGACCGUAGUCACCGGUAGUCUCAAUUUCGGUAUCGGCAAGGUCAAGACCUUCCUAACAGCCACCAUCACAAUCGAAGGCGACCACUUCACAGCGAAGAACAUCGGAAUCGAGAACACAGCUGGACCAGAAGGAGGACAAGCGGUGGCGUUAAGAGUCUCGGCGGAUUACGCCGUAUUCCACAGCUGUCAAAUCGACGGGCACCAAGACACAUUAUACGUUCACUCUCACCGGCAAUUCUACCGUGACUGCACAGUUUCCGGCACCGUCGAUUUCAUCUUCGGAGACGCGAAAUGCAUCCUCCAGAACUGUAAAAUCGUCGUCCGAAAACCUAACAAAGGUCAAUCGUGUAUGGUUACAGCUCAGGGACGAAGCAACGUCCGUGAAUCGACCGGACUGGUGCUUCAUGGCUGCCAUAUAACGGGAGAUCCGGCGUAUAUUCCGAUGAAAACUGUGAACAAAGCUUACCUAGGAAGGCCGUGGAAGGAGUUCUCGAGGACGAUCAUCAUGAAGACGACGAUUGAUGACGUCAUUGAUCCGGCGGGAUGGCUUCCUUGGAGUGGAGAUUUUGCGCUCAAGACGCUAUACUACGCCGAGCAUAUGAAUACUGGGCCUGGAUCGAAUCAGGCCCAAAGAGUUAAAUGGCCCGGAAUUAAGAAACUAACGCCCCAAGAUGCUCUUUUGUACACUGGCGACAGAUUCUUACGUGGCGAUACGUGGAUCCCACAAACACAAGUUCCGUAUACCGCUAACAUUUAGGAGAUUCCAAAUUUUGUAAAAUGAUUUAAUUUGUAAAUGUUUUUUAAAACUGAAAUUGUUUGAAGAAUGAUUAAUUU